UCGCUCACAGUUAUGGCGGUGUCAGGGAGUCGCAAGGAUGGAGUACAGUCCAAAUUUUAAUUUCUGCUUUUAUCGUUGACUCAGAAAAGUGUCACCACGUUUUCUUUCUUUACAUAUUAAUCUGCAUUAUUACUGCAACUAUGGCGGACCGAGGCGUGGAUAUGUCAGCAUUACCAAAAGAGGUCAAGGACCAAUUGGCUGAGUUGGAUUUGGAGCUGUCCGAAGGUGAUAUCACACAGAAGGGAUAUGAGAAGAAAAGGACUAAACUUCUGCUUCCCUUUUAUGUUCAAACACCAGUGGAAACUCCGCCUCCUGCCUAUGACGCACAGGCUCCAGGUCCUAGCAACGCCUCCGGUUCCACUCAUGCCAAUGCCCAAACUCAGGCUCCUCCCCCUAGCUCCUCUUCCCGCUACCGUGAGCACCGUUCCCGACGACCACAUCGCAGUGGAGGGACCAGGGAUGACCGCUACCGGUCAGAUAUCCACACAGAGGCUGUGCAGGCUGCAUUGGCCAAACACAAGGAAGAGAAGAUGGCCCUGCCCAUGCCCACCAAACGCCGCUCCACUUACGUCCAGUCACCCAUCAACAACUGUACCCCUCCAGACUCCUCUUCAGGUUCAGAGGAUGAAGGUGCUUUGCGGAGGCAGACAUCGGUGGGGGCUGAUCUGGGGGCUCCAGCCCCUACCUCUCUGCUGCAGCCCCCCAGUCUGCAGAGCCCCGACUCCUGGAUAAACCGCUCAGUCCAAGGAUCCUCCACCUCGUCCUCUGCCUCUUCCACCCUGUCCCACGGGGAGGGCAAGCCCCAAGCCCAGUCUCAACCCCCGCAGCCCCAGCCCCAAGCCCAACCCCAGUACAAGCCGCAGUACCAGCCCCAGUACCAGCCCCAGUACCAGCCCCAGUAUCAGCCUCUACAGUCACAGCAGACAGUCAUAGCUGACAUGUUGGCUAACGCACGCAUCGUCCCUUCAGAGAACAGCGGACCCCCUCCAGAUGUGACGGCAUUGGCCCCCCAAGCCAGGGGCUCCACUCAGGUGGACCGGCCCAACAACCCUCCCGUGGUCCGGGGGAUGAGCCGUGGACAGAGCCGCUCCAGCAUGAUGGAGACAGCCGAUGGUAACAGAAGAGGUGUCCCGGUCAACAGCAGGGUGUCCACAAAGAUCCAGCAGCUGCUCAACACCUUGAAGAGGCCCAAGAGGCCCCCCCUCAGUGAGUUCUUCAUGGAUGACCAGGAAGAGAUUGUAGAAGUGCCACAGGUGGACCCAAACACCCCACGGCCAGAGGGCCGUCAGAUAAUCCCUGUGAAGGGGGAGCCCCUGGGGGUGGUCAGCAACUGGCCCCCGGCCCUCCAGGCUGCCCUGGCUCGCUGGGGAGCCACACAGGGCAAGAGCCCAGCCCUCACAGCCCUGGACAUCACUGGCAAACCCCUCUACACACUAACCUACGGGAAGCUGUGGAGCCGUAGUGUGAAGCUGGCCUACACCCUCCUCAACAAACUGGGCCCCAAGAAUGAACAGAUCCUGAAGCCUGGAGACAGGGUGGCUUUGGUGUACCCUAACAGUGACCCUGGGAUGUUCUGGGUGGCUUUUUAUGGCUGCCUGUUGGCUGAGGUCAUCCCUGUCCCUAUCGAGGUACCACUGUCACGCAAGGAUGCUGGCAGUAGUCAGGUGGGCUUCCUUCUGGGCAGCUGUGGUGUGGGUCUAGCUCUGACCAGUGAGAUCUGUCUGAAGGGACUGCCCAAGACACCAACUGGAGAGAUACUACAGUUCAAAGGCUGGCCUCGGCUAAAGUGGGUAGUGACAGACUCCAAGUACCUCACGAAACCUGGCAAGGACUGGCAGCCCCACAUCCCAACAGCAAACACUGAGCCGGCAUACAUAGAGUACAAGGCUAGUAAGGAGGGCACAGUGAUGGGCGUGGCUGUGGCUAAGGUGGCCAUGUUGACCCAUUGCCAAGCACUGACCCAGGCCUGCAACUACUGUGAGGGUGAGACACUAGUGAACGUUUUGGACUUUAAAAAGGACAUGGGCCUGUGGCAUGGAGUUCUCACGAGUGUGAUGAACAGGAUCCACACCAUCAGUGUUCCCUAUGCUGUGAUGAAGGCCUGCCCUCUCUCCUGGGUUCAGAGGGUCCACAUACACAAAGCGCGCGUUGCUUUGGUGAAGUGCCGUGACCUGCAUUGGGCCAUGAUGGCACACAGGGACCAGAGAGACACCAGCCUGGCAUCGCUGCGCAUGCUCGUCGUAGCAGACGGCGCCAACCCCUGGUCGGUGUCGUCCUGUGAUGCCUUCCUCAACAUGUUCCAGAGCCAUGGCCUGAAGCCAGAGGCCAUCUGCCCCUGUGCCACCUCCCCUGAGGCCAUGACGGUGGCGAUCCGCAGGCCAGGGGUGCCGGGAACGCCUCUCCCAGCCCGGGCCAUCCUCUCCAUGGGUGGUCUGAGUCACGGGGUCAUCAGGGUCAACACAGAGGACAAGAACUCUGCCCUCACUGUGCAGGAUGUGGGACACGUUAUGCCUGGAGCUCUGAUGUGUAUAGUGAAGCCGGACGGUCCCCCACAGUUGUGUAAGACAGAUGAGAUUGGGGAGAUUGUGGUGAACUCACGCGCUGGGGGCAACAUGUACUACGGCCUUCCGGGAGUCACCAAGAACACCUUCGAGGUGAUACCUGUCAAUGCUCUAGGUGCGCCAAUUGGAGAGAUCCCCUUUGUAAGAUCUGGACUCCUAGGGUUUGUGGGACCCGGCAGCCUGAUAUUUGUGGUGGGGAAGAAUGAAGGGCUGCUGAUGGUGAGUGGGAGGAGACACAAUGCUGAUGACCUGGUGGCCACUGCCCUGGCCGUGGAGCCUGUGAAGACUGUGUACCGUGGGAGGAUUACAGUGUUCUCUGUCACAGUGUUCUAUGAUGAGAGGAUAGUGAUUGUGGCAGAGCAGAGGCCAGAUGCCAGUGAGGAGGACAGCUUCCAGUGGAUGAGCAGAGUAUUGCAGGCCAUUGACAGUAUUCACCAGGUGGGUCUGUACUGCCUGGCCCUGGUGCCUGCCAACACCUUACCCAAGACCCCCCUGGGAGGCAUCCACAUCUCAGAGACCAAGCAGCACUUCCUGGAUGGCAACCUGCAUCCCUGCAACAUCCUCAUGUGUCCCCACACCUGUGUGACCAACCUCCCCAAACCACGGCAGAAACAGCCAGUGGGCGUGGGACCGGCCUCCAUCAUGGUGGGGAACCUGGUAGCGGGGAAGAGGAUAGCCCAGGCAGCAGGCAGGGAUCUAGGCAUGAUUGAGGACCAGGACCUGGUCAGGAAGCUCUGUAUGUGGCCCACUAUGAUGCACCAGUUCCUGUCCGAGGCUCUGCAGUGGAGGGCCCAGACGGACCCAGACCACUGCCUCUAUGUGCUGCUUAACGCAAAGGGGGUGGCCGUGUGCACGGCCACGUGCGUGCAGCUGCAUAAGCGGGCGGAGAAGAUAGCGGCGGCGCUCACCGAGAAAGGCAGCAUCAACACCGGAGACAACGUGGUGCUGCUCUACCCGCCCGGCAUCGAUCUGAUAGCGUCCUUCUACGGCUGUCUGUACGCUGGCUGCGUUCCCGUCACUGUCAGGCCUCCUCACCCGCAGAACCUGGCAGCCACGCUGCCCACUGUCCGCAUGAUCAUUGACGUCAGUAAAGCUGCGUGUAUCCUCACCACCCAGAACCUCAUGAGGAUCCUGCGCUCCAAAGAAGCCGCCGCCACUGUGAACAUUAAAACAUGGCCGACAAUCGUAGACACAGAUGACCUCCCUCGCCGCAGGCCCCCCACCAUCUACAAGCCCCCCACGGCGGAGAUGAUCGCCUACCUGGACUUUAGUGUGUCCACGACGGGCAUGCUGACUGGGGUCAAGAUCUCCCACGCGGCGGUCAGUGCUCUGUGUCGCUCCAUCAAGCUGCAGUGUGAGCUCUACUCCUCACGCCAAAUCGCCAUCUGCCUGGACCCGUACUGUGGCCUGGGCUUCGUACUGUGGUGCCUCGCAAGUGUGUACUCAGGCCACCAGUCCAUCCUGAUACCUCCUCUGGAGCUGGAGAGCUGUCUGCCUCUGUGGCUGAGCACCCUGAGCCAGUACCGCAUCCGAGACACCUUCUGCUCCUACUCUGUCAUGGAGCUCUGCACCAAGGGAAUAGGCACGCAGACAGAAAUACUCAAAUCACGGGGACUGAACCUGUCGUGUGUGCGGAGCUGCGUGGUGAUAGCGGAGGAGCGUCCUCGUCUGGCCCUCACCAUGUCCUUCUCCAAGCUGUUUAAGGACCUGGGUCUGUCCCCCCGCGCUGUCAGCACGGCCUUCGGAUCCAGGGUCAACCUGGCCAUCUGCUUGCAGGGAACCACUGGACCAGAUCCCUCCACUGUGUAUGUGGACAUGAAGUCCCUCCGCCAUGACAGAGUGAGGUUGGUGGAGAGAGGAGCACCUCAGAGCCUCCCUCUGAUGGAGUCUGGCAAAAUCUUACCAGGAGUCAGAGUAAUCAUUGUAAACCCAGAGACCAGAGGACCUCUAGGAGAUUCCCAUCUAGGAGAGAUCUGGAUCAACAGCCCUCACAGUGCCAGUGGCUACUAUACCAUCUAUGGAGAGGAGAGCCUGCAGGCUGACCACUUCAACACCAAGCUCAGCUUCGGAGACCCCACCACCCUGUGGGCCAGGACUGGCUAUCUGGGCUUUGUCAAGAGGACAGAGCUAUUGGAUGCCGCUGGAGAUCGUCAUGACGCCCUGUUUGUGGUGGGUUCCCUGGAUGAGACCCUGGAGCUGAGGGGUCUGCGGUACCACCCCAUCGACAUCGAGACCUCUGUGUCCCGGGCACAUCGCAGCAUUGCAGAGAGCGCUGUGUUCACGUGGACCAACCUACUGGUGGUGGUGGCUGAGCUCUGUGGCUCAGAGCAGGAUGCCCUGGACCUGGUGCCCCUGGUGACCAACGUGGUACUGGAGGAGCACCACCUCAUUGUGGGUGUGGUGGUCAUUGUUGACCCGGGGGUCAUACCCAUCAACUCUAGGGGGGAGAAACAACGCAUGCACCUCCGGGACUCCUUCCUGGCUGACCAGCUAGACCCAAUCUAUGUGGCCUACAAUAUGUAAAGUUCCUGUGGAAUGGGCUAGUCAUCUUAUAGUGGAAGAGAUUUGGGCUGUUGGAGUUUGGAAAAACCAUCUACACAAACAACAAUGCAUGGUACCACAAUGGACAACAGGGGAGGAUUGGCUGGCUGCACUGUACUGUUAUGUAACUGAUCGUCUGGGGCAACCACUGCCCAUUUUGGGGGUGGGGUGUUGUUCAGAUCUUAGGUUUAUUGUUUUUCAGUUCUGUUCAGUUACUUGAGUGGCUCUGUCAUGUUUUGAGACGUACACUGUGUUGUAAAAUAUGUAUUCAUCUCCUGGACAGAGUCACAGAGUCUACAUACCUAACGCAGCUUUUCAACUGGAACAGCUAGGGAACUCUACUCUCAUCACACUCCCUACAAUCCUAGUGCCCAAUUACACAACACCUCAAAAGCCUGACUGGCCCUCUAUUUGCACAGAGUGCCAGAGAAUAUUAAGGUGCUGAAGUCAAUGUUAACUCUCCCCACUACUCCAGGAUCCAAUCACCUGGGGACGUUGUCAAGGGCCAAGACUUCCUUUCUCUGCUGGCAUUUUUCAUGGGGUUAAUAUACAAAAUACAUCCAUUAUUACUGGCUUUUCUCCCAAAACUCUCCAGGUCUUACCCAGUACCAGUGUUGUUUUUGUCUCCUUUGACCAAUUCUGAAACGCCACAUUUUCGCUGUAUGUACUCAAAACUUGUACACAUUCGCACAAACUCCCCCUAUGCUUGCUUCGCCCUGUAGCGACAUCCUAUUUGUGCACUUUGAGGCAAGGGGUUAUUAAGGAUAUGGGAAAGCAUGUUAGAUCACAGAGCAAUCAGUAGUCAUAGAAGACAUUACACCAGUCGGUUGUCAUGUACUGGCCUUACAUCACAUAUUUAUUGCUUGAAGUUGUAUGAGGCAAAAUAUGAAAUGAAACACAUUCUCAUCUUUCUUGAAAUAGUUUUACUUCUUGCCUUAUUACAAAUUGCCCAUUAUAUAUUCCUACAUUUAGUUUUUCUCCUUGACUGUUUGUUCAUUUUCUAAGUGUGUUUUUAGAGUGGGAAUCCUGUUUGGUGUAGAAGCUAGAGGCCCUACUGUACAGUACGUAUCAAGGCAUCUGUAUUUUAGAUAUACUGUAAUGUAUAGAUAUUAUUUUAAAAUAAUAUGUAUAAAUGUAAAAAAAAAAAAAAUCUACUAAUGGUUUUCUGGAUUACUAACCUGGUAGAGAGCAGAUGAUUGAAAAAUAAUAUUGUAUAUAAGAAUUUAAAGAUUCUGUAGGAAAAGUCUUUCUAAAGACUAGAAAGACUUUGAUCUAGCACUUUCUCCAAAAAGUAUCUAUUUUUUUCAUAAUUCAAUUAUGCACAUUCCUCAUGUUCAAGGAGCAUAUUAAUUACGAGGAAUAAUUUUUGACUAAUGAGAAUUUGCUGGGGAUUAACAGUAAGGAAACAGCUAAUAAUACCAGGGGUUUUCUCUGUCAGGUCACAUCCGGCUUAAAGAACUAUGAAGAACAAUGCCACCAUAAAAAAUGUUGUCAGGGAUUUUACAGUCCGGGAAAGGGUAGGGGUCUAUCCCAUUUCAAUUCCAGUAAAUUCUGAUUAAACAGCAAAACCAUUAAAUUACAAGUAAAAAAUUUCCCAAAUGAAAAGCAUUGAAGGGAAUAGGAAUUGAAAGGAAAAUGUACUUCUGAAAUUCACUGGAUUUAACCCCUAGUCAGGGAUUAGUCCUGACCCCAAACAGAGAUUGGUUGGAUGUUCUUAGUUUUGAUACUCAGAUCUUAGGGAGAAUUAUGAAACCAAUAUUAUGACUGUUGUUUUAUGACAUAUAUAGCUCUUAUUUCCUAUGAAUCACUGAUCAAUGUGAUUAGAUGCAGGAAACUUUUCACUAACUCCAAAGCUAAGUGAUGUCAGCAAGAAAAAAGGGCAAUGCAACAUUGCGCAUACAAAAAGGACUUUCAGGGCCCCAAAAAGCAAAAUAGCCAUAUGUACUAUUUAAUGUAACAUAAAAUUCACCACGUUAUCAAAGUGGUUAUGUUUGAAAAUGGAAUAACACUACUUUAAAUCACUGGAACCUGCUUUUUCCAUGUAAACUUCAGUUGCACACCUGAGCCAAUCAUUUUGUUUCAAUCAACGGGGGUGUAUUUUAUCCAAAAGAACAGUUAGGCACAGUCCUGUGGAUGAAACAGGAGGACAACAUCCACCAGUUCAUGUCUACAUCUACAGUUAUGGUGUUCCUGUCCUCCCCACACAAUGUUUUAGCACACUGAAAAUGUUUUUCACCCAUUGUUACUAUAUUGUAUGCUCCUUCCUGUCUGUGAAAUUAUAUUGCCACUUAAAAAAAUGUUUUGACUCCUCUGGAAGUCCAUGAUAUAGUAUGUAUUAUUAUUUUUGAACAUGUAAAUAGUUGGUUUUGUUGUUUUCGGUCUCCAUCUUACAGUAGGUAUGAAUGUUGUAACAGUCAUAUUCAACACUACAGAUAAAAAGUUUGAAAGGAUGAAUUUUAUUUUGUAAUAAGAUAUAAACAGUAACUACAGUGGGAAGAACAAGUAUUUAAUAACUUGCAAAAUCAGCAGGUUUUCCCACUUACAAAACAUG